AUGGAUAAUAAUUCGGAACCACCAAAGCCUAGACGUCCUUUGCCUACUCCAGGCGCACCUUCUGCACAGAGGCCGAGCACACCAGUCCUCAAUAUCAGCCCCAUUCCUCCUUCCACUUUCUAUGGCACAACGCAACCCCAAAAACCUCCUCUACCUACACGUCCAUCCAAGCCACUCGGUUCUGCAUACACUUCCUACCAUGCACCCUCAAAGGCUACCGCCCCUCCUCGCUACGGAUCUCCGGCGUUCACUGGUUCCCCAGGUUUUCGCGAACCUGAAUUCAUAACCGAGGAGCCCAUUGACGAAGACGACGAUUUGCCGCCAGAUCUUAUACCUCCGGAUGAACCGCACAAUUGGGGGAGCGCCGAAGCAUCCUGGUCCCAGACCCAGUGGCCUGCUGGGACAUGGCAUGAUACGACUACCUCCACCACGGAGUGGAUGAGGUCGGGCGGCUAUGGUGACGGGAGCGACUACCGCAGGAACACAGAAGUAGCUAUUGAUGGAAGAAGGAACUUUGAGGAGGAUAAUUGGUGGAACCCUGCGGAACGCGAAAGGAAUAACCGUCCAGGGCCAGGCAUGCUCCCGCCUAUUCUUGCGGAACAUCUGCAUGACACAAACCAUUCGUUGUUUUGCGUGAACGUUUCCUCUUCGAAUUUCAUGGGGCAACUAACUUCAUCCCACUCAACGUCCUCUCUAGGCCACCAUCGCGAGCACUCGAUAUCCAGUACUGCCAGUUCUCAAUCGACCGUGCACGAACCGUCCCCUAACGCCCCUCCUCCGACCGAGGACGAAAUUCGUACGUCGGUGCCACAUCCAAACGCACAUUAUUGCCCGAGAGAGAAUGGCUGGGUCAUCCUCAGCUGGAAGGCGUCGUCCGUCUCUCCUCCCCUCGCUGCGUCGUUUCGAGAGGAUCAAUUUCCCCUCCCUGAUCAAAACAGGCGCAGAAAGGCGCAUUCUUGUAUCGAUGACGUCGAGCACUCGUUCGGAGCUGCCAACAAGACACAUCAUUUCCACAAAUACCCAAAAGCUAUCGACUCUCAUAAAUUGACGCCACCUCUCCGCGAGGAUGAAUGGCAGUCGUUGGAGAACAUAAAACAGAAGCGACGCAAUGGGACUAUUGUCAUGGACGAGAUUAAUGUUGAAAGUCUGGGAGAGGCUGAAAACCCUAUGGAUACGGAGAGUGAGGGCAAGCUAUUGGACCUGUACGUUUGUUGUCAGUGUUCUCUUUACGUCGUUGCGUCUGGCGUUAUCCCUGGAGUUAUUCCACGAAAGCACUUUGAGGAGUUUGUUCGUGGCAAAAGGAACAACCCUAUCGUUGGCAAGAGUGGGGAACUCUCCGUCGUUCUAUCCUUAGAGACUCUUUUGCUAGCGGUCGAAAACAAGCUGUGGAAAGGCGACAACCGCUUGAUAAAGAUAGGAAGCAGUGGGUUCAGGUCCAAGCUCGGAUGGAGUCCAAACACGAAGCGUAUACUUGAAAUUUUGGGCUUUUAUGAGCAGUCGGACGAUCAAACCUUGAAUCCGCCCACCACAGACCCGUCCACCCCUGAAGGGGUUCAAAAUCGACGCAAACUCCUACGCGCUUGGGUGGAGGUUAAUGCUUGGCUGGCCGACUUUAAACGUAAUAAUCCUCAACACCUCAAAGAUCACCAUCCGAAUCAACCAACCACUGGUACCGUGCAGAUUGAUAGUGCAAGGGAGAUGUAUCAGACUGCUAUUGGCGCGCAUCCGGUGCAGAUUCCUCGCGGUGAGCUUACGGAUCCGCUUCUGGAGGCGGUUCGCGCCCUUCCUGAAUCUUGGAGUAUUUUCGGCUUGACACCGACUACUUUUUCUCCUGACCUCCUUGCCUUUGCGUAUCUCGCACAAUGUCGUUGCGACCCCGCCAAUACCAUGUUGUAUUUCACGCACCUAUCGAAACUACUGAAAGUUUUCCAAGACUUUGGAAGUUGCCCGACUCAACUCCAAGAUCUCCUCGUAAUGGAACGAUCGAGGGAUCGGUUCACAACUGACGACCUGGAAAAUGCAGCUAGUACCCUCGGGUUUGGUCCGGAUGGCCUGCUCUCCGUGGACUAUGACGACGAGAUACCCGACGAGUUUGUUGAGAAUGCGUGGAAGGACUGUGUGAAGCGGUCUUGGCGGGAUCAUAACAAUGGUUCUGAGCUCCACCGAAAGGCCAACGAGGCUUUCAGAAUACUGGCUGAAGCCCGUGGAAGCGUUCGGCUAAAGAAGGUUUGGGAGGCGGGUAAGAAUAAGUAUAUGAACCCAGACCGGGCGUAUGAUACCCUUGAGAUUCCUAAGGAUGUUGAUGACCAUAUGCUUAUAACGGUGUUCACCAUGAGGCUCGAGGAGACCCCUUCGCAGAUUGAUAAAAUGCGUGAAGCUAUGACCGUUAUCGCUGAAGUUCGAGAUAGCGAGCGCUUGCGGCAAUUUCUAAAUUCUGGUCAAGAUCCUGGUGAUAUCGUCGCACCUACUCGCGCCGACCUUCCGCGUGGCCUCAACCAGCUGGGAAAUACAUGCUACCUCAAUUCACUUCUGCAGUAUUUCUAUACCAUUAAAGAUCUACGAGACGCAGUCCAAGUCAUGUCUAAGCUGGAUCUAAAAUCAAUUGAUGACGAGAAGUUCUCUGAUGAUGACCUCAAGCGCCAUAGAGUUGGUGGCAGACUUGUAACACGGCGGGAAAUCGUUCGAUCAAGAAAAUUUAUCAAUCAACUUGCAGAGCUCUUUUUCAACCUCGAGUACUGCGAGUCUGCGGCCGUCACACCCACGAUUGAUCUGGCGAAACUAGCCCUUGUGACGUCAAGAGAUGAGGAGGAAGACGAGGCUGACAAAGGGGGAACAGACUCCUCUAACGAUACUGACGCUACCUUAGUUGACGAUGGGCCUUCGCGUGCCCCAGCACAGUCACAGUCACCACCAAGGUCAUCUAGUACCGUUCUUGGGAAACGACCGCGCGAUAUUGAUCGUCAGCGUAGCUCGAUGGACGUCGAUAGUCCCAUUGUUUCGUCGCCAAAGGACAAAGAUGACUACGUGAUGGUUCCUUCGCCCACCAGGCGCUCUAGCUCGCCACUGUUGAUCGACAAGGAGAAUUUGGCACCCAUUUCGGAAGCUUCGACGUCCAAGGCCGCUGAUAAAGACGGAGAUGUUGAUAUGGGAGGGACUCCUGCGCCAGAGGCUAAGCCCCCUCUUCCUCCGCGAAAGCGCGAAGUCAAUGAUUCUACCAUGAUGUUUGGAAAACAACAUGAUGUUGCCGAAUGCAUGGACAAUUGCAUGUUCCAAAUUGAAACUGCUCUCCUGAAAUUCGAUGGUGUGAACGAUGGAGAGAGUGCAGAGAAGACGAGUGUGGUCAAAAGGCUUUUCUAUGGGAAAAUCCGACAACGUCUGACUGGCACUGGGGCUCAACGAAACCGGCCUUCAAUUCACGAAAAGGAAGAUUUGUUCUCCCAUCUGCCUGUCAACGUUACGAACGAUGGGGUCGACAUUUACGAUGGACUGAGUGGGUAUUUUGACGAUGUCGUUGAUUACGAAGGCGGCAAAGCCAGAAUGGAGGUUUCUCUGGUUGAUCUACCUCCUUUACUACAGAUCCAACUUCAGAGGGUCCAAUUCAACCGAGACACCCUCCAGCCAUACAAAUCGCAAGCGUAUGUGAAGUUCGGGGAAACUAUCUACAUGGAUCGAUUCAUGGACAACGCCAACCUGGAGAAAAAGGCCAAGUCGAAAGGGAUUCAAGCUGAGCUUAAUGCGUCCAGGGACCGUGUUAGGCUUCUUCUAGAAGGCAAGGAUGCUUCGUUUGUUACUGCCCUUGAUCAUACAAGUAAAUUCUUGGCUGGUUUGCAAGAGACUGCGUUGCCAGGCGUAGACGAUGAUCUUCUUCACGAGUUGCAAGACGAAAAAGGCCGGAUAAAUGCAGAGAUUGACCAACUACGCGCUCGGGUGAAUUCUCUCAAGGAAGAGCUGGAGACUCUUUGGCGAGACAGUUGUGAAGUUCCGUAUGAGCUUACCUCUGUUUUUAUCCAUCGUGGAUCUUCGCCGUCGUGGGGCCACUACUUCUUCUAUUCGCGACAUCUCCCAGACCAGCCUGAUUCGUGGUUCAAAUACAACGACUCCGACGUCACAGUCGUUUCGAAAGAUGAAGUUCUUGCGGAUACAACUGGAUCUACAGCGAAUCCUUACCUGCUUGUCUUUGCACGGAAAGGUUCAGACGUGGUUGAUACCGUCCGACGAUUCGAUGCUUCCUCAAUAAUAGACCUAUGA